UGAAUAUACAGGUCAGAGAAGUCUGGAGAAGUGAGUCCAAGGGAGAUUUUCAAACAGGAAGGAUAUAUGGAAUUGCAGAAAUGUACAGAAAGGUGGCUAGGGAAGUCAGUGGAGAUGGACAGAGUAUGGAGCCAUGGUUAGGAAGGUUGUGAAUGUGAAAGAGGAUGAAGAUAAUAUGCUCCUAAUGUCUAGGAAAAGAGUCAUUUGGAUUCAGUGUCCAGGGCCAGAUUUUGAAACCCUUUUCCCCUCAUUGUUACAGCAUUGAAGCCAAUGAGCCUAUUUCCAUGAACCUGUACCUGUCAUUGGGAGUGAAUGUUCCAAAAUCACUUCCUCAGUGCUUUGGUUUUGUUCUGUACAUAACGUUCACGGAGCAGGUGCAUCGAUCCACCAUUUGUUGUUUGUUUCUAAUUUCAGAGGGAUUAAAGAUCAACUCUCCCUGUGAAAUCCUCAGUCAAUGAGACUCUUUUACCAAGUGAGCUAUGGGGUCUCAGAAUUGUCAUGUAUUUUUUCCUCUGUGGUACAGCGUGGCUAGGCAACAUUUCAUGUUGACUAUUCAACUUGCAAAGGCUGAAUCACGUAAACAUGUCUGGGAUCUCCAGUGGAGUUCAGAGGGGAGUAGCUAUCAAUUCCAGGAAGGUGGUUUUCCAAAUUGAGUUUGUGAAAAGUGUGGAUAUUCUUUAUUUCAAUUAUGGACCCCGCAGAACUUUCCAAAACUAUGCUGAUUAUUACCAAUUGUAGAGUAAAAUACAAUUAUUUGGCUCUCCAUGCAGUACUAAGAGAACUCUCCAGGUAUGCAUCAAGGUACCUGGAACAGCCACCACAGGGAGUCGAGGAGCUGGACAUUACCAGAGAAACUGCAGCUGCCAAAGCCUAUGUGACCUUCCUGGUGCUCUUCAACAAAUGGUUCCCAACUGCAAAGGGAAAGGUGAUGGAAGCCACGCUGGAUGUAAUUGGUCAGCUGUUUUUCAUCAUGUCUAUUCAAACACUGAAAAAUCAUCUUCAAUGUUUGAUCACAGAACUCCUGAAUCAGUAUGGGACCAGGAUACAACAUUUUUAUGUCACAGAGUGCCUGUGCCAUCUUCUGGAUGCUGUACUGUGCCACAAGAAAUGGAGUAAGAGAUUGUACCAUAGUCUGGACAAUAUUCUCAGUACUCUAUUCACACAGGUUUCCGCUAAGACUGAAAUAUCUGAUACGCUAAGUAACUGGAAUCAAACCUCUGCAUUGCGAGCCUUCCAGGUGCUGGGUCCUAUUUAUCAGGAGGAUAUUAUGGCUUUCCUCAGAAGGCCGAUGGAGGGUGCAGAAGAGGUGGAGUGCACUGCAGCUCUCACAGUCUUGAGAGAAGUUACCCAGGAGCCUCCCCAUAUGGACAAAGUAAAAGACAUCAUGGUGCAAUCUGUGGCUCUUCUCAUACAGGAAAACAACUAUCAGGUGAAAAGUCCUCUCUUGCAGUUGAUUAGAAGUUUUGCAUGCUGUGGGUAUCUCACCCUGCCAGGAGGCAGUGUACUUGUGGAUUUUCUCAUUCGGCAGUGUGAACUCCCUGUCUGCACCAUGAAGCCUCAAGGUGACUGGGAUGAAGAGGCAGUCCAGGUGUAUAGUAUCGACACCCUAAACCUGGGUACACGUUAA